CCCAUAUCUUCCCGCCCCCUAUAAUUUACCCACGGACGGGCGGACCCCAUCGACCGCGCCAACAGGCAACGGAGUUAGAGAAGAGAGUUUGAGUUCCAGUGUUCCACCUCACCUCACCACCACGUACGCGCGAGCGCGCGCAUGGCCGCGACGGCAUGCGCCUACGGCUACGACGGCGGCCUGGUGCCGCCGCCGCCGCAGGCGAUGGACGCGUUCGACGACAGCGCCCGAGGCCGCCGCCACUGUCCCAUCAUCCACGACCACUAUUCCAUCAUCAACGGCCUCGUCAUGCCUCCACCUCCUCCUCCUCCGCCGCCGCCGCCGCCACCACCUUUCCAUCUCCCUUCGGGCGCCAGCUCCAAGGCGGCAGCGUCUCGCCACCCCGGCCUCUGCACCGAGGGCCUCGGCUCGGAGAGCUCCGAGAGCUCGGGCGACCUCGACCUCGGCGACAUCGUGGCCGACGACGACAUUGAAGACUGCAAGAGGCGGCAGCAGGACGACCAGGAGGAGACGCUGAUGCCGGCGAGGAAAAGGGUGUUUCCCCCGCCCAUAUCGGUGAUCGGCGCCGCCGGGAAGCCGUGGCAGUACCUGAGGGCGCAGCGCGGGGGCGGCCGGCUGGUGCUGCGGGAGGUGAGGAUACCGUCGCGGGAGCUGCUCCACGCCUGCCGGGAGGACGGCCGCCUCAAGCUCCACUUUGCCCACCCGGAGCCGGAGGAACAUCACCAUCUUGCUGAUGAUGAUGAGGAGGAGGAAUGCAACAACCAGCAGACUGCAAUAUAACAGUCAAAAGAGAAGAACCAACACAACAGGGAUUUAGUUUCUUGGUUUAAUAAGUUUUGAGUUAUUAUCGUCAAAGAGUCCUAAGAGUGUCCUUCCAAAGAGAUGUAAAUAUCGCAACAAAAUUGGUCAGUUUUUGCAUCCAUCGUCGAUCUACUGCUACUUCCUCUUCUGUCUGUCCAAGAAGAAGCAGAUGCACGGGUCAAGGAUUCAGUUACAAGAAUCAGCAAGAGAAAGACGCGUUUGUCCUCGACAUAGUCGCAAUGAUGCUCCCCAGCUAAGGAUGAGCGUGUGUACAGGCUGCAAAGCACUCUAAGCUCACAAGAACCCUGCAUCGACUUGGUUUUUGGUGAUGAAAAAGGAGCACCCGGCAUGUGACAGUUGGUUGAUAGGUCUGCAUCACAGCCAAAGCAAAUGGUAUCUUGGGGGGU